UAAUUUAACAUUUGAAAUUAAUCUUGCAAUUAUUCAAAUAUUGUUUUAACGCGCGUUACAAUAAAAUGCGAAAUAAAUUAUUUUUUUACCGAAUAAUUUUUUAGAUCUUCAAGUUUGUUCUCAUGACAUAAACUUAAUAUACCUUAUUGAUGUGGUAUAUCUACAUAUAGCGAGCAAUAAAAUUUUAUUAACCUCUUAUAAAAUUUUUAACACUUGUUUUUAAUUUGGAGAUUCAGAUUAGCAGAUUCAGUUAGCGAUUGCUGGGAGUCAUCGUUCAGUUCUUUUAACCGCAAGUUUUAAACAAGAUUGAUAACAUCAGGUGCUGAAGAUGAGCAGGAACACCAAGGAUGGGCCUCGAGGAAGAGGUGGUAUCAAUGAAAACCCCUCAAGAAAUUCACGAGUCUCCAGGAACACCAACGAAGAAGUCCAGCGAGCUAUUGAAGGCCUCAAAGACAUGCCUGACGAUGAGCUGCAGGAGUUUCUUGAUGAAGAUUUUAUGGAAGGACUUAAUGUCGUUGACGCUUGGGAUGGCGAAGAAGAAAUUGCUGAGGAUUUUCAUAGUAGGGACAACAGAGAUAGAGAUCAUAGAAGAAGUUCUAGGGAUCGUAAUCGUCGAGAUUAUCGAGACUCAGGACGCAAUAAUCGAGAUAAUCGGGACCGAGAUCGUGGAAAACGGGACGAGAGAAGACGUGAAGAAAGGCGGGAUCCAUCAAAGAGUUCUCAGGAUAUCGAACGAGACAAGAUUCGCGCCAAGAGGGUCAAUGAGAGUAAAAUACUAGCAGAAAAAGAGAAGGCCAUCAAGCAUCUGUUGGACUCAGGUGCUGUUGUACCGCCAGGAACAGAAGUAGAAAUUAUUGAGAAUGAAAAGCAAAUGGAUCGUGAACGUGACAGAGAUCAUGAUCGUGAGCAGCGAUCUCACAGGAGCAGAGACCGUCGCCGUAGUCUGGAUCGUCACAGAAUCAGCCCAACACGACGAAGAAGCCACGACAGGAUUAGAUUGAGUCCACUGCGUAGAUCAAGAAGUCCGAUUGGUGUUAACAGAAGAAGCUCGGAUCGUCACAGAAAGCCUAGCUGGGAACGCCAUGGAAGCUUGGAACGCCGGGAGAGACGUACAAGUGUCGAUCGUAGUCGUCGACGCCCGGAAGAACGUGACGUAAGGAUCAUAGGCAGACGAAGUAGAUCAAGAGAUCGUCUACGUAGUCGCAGUCAGGAUCGCUUUCGUCGACGAUGGAGCCGUUCACCGGUAGGAAGACGCACCAGUCCAAGGCGCCGAUCUAUCAGCAAAUCGCCAGACCACCGUAGAAAACGUACGCCAUUUAUUGACGAGCUGGCUCGACAAUUUCGGGAUAAUCCUAUCAUACCUGCGGAUUCAAUGAAUCCAGGAUACAUUCAUCAGUCCAUGCGAGGAAUUCAGCCACAGCAGCAGCCACCAUCAUUACUGGGACCAGGACCAGUACACUCUCAAAUGUCUGGACUUCCUCAGCACUACAUGCCGCUGCAAGAAUCUCUUCCAUCGAUAAACGCUGGACCAUCAGGACCUCCAACGUACAUGCCAUACGAAUCUCUAGCUACUGCAGGAUCUUCUAUGAACUUUGAACCACUACCUAUGCACGCUAUUUCUCAACCUGAUUACACAGCUGGUCCUGUGGCGUACAAUCAAUCCAAUCCUAUUCCAAUACACGGAACCCCUUCACGUUCAGGAUUCGGCCAAAUUCUUUCGCGAUCACCGCAACCAGUUCCAGCACCGCCGACCGAGCAAUCAAUGAUGGACUCAAUAUUUCAUCAGCAAGUUUCAACGCAGAUACAGACAUCACCUUCACCACAACCAGAACGGAUGUUCAACUCAGGACAUCACAUGUAUUCAGAACGAUCUUCUUCAGCCUACAAUGGAGGACACUCGUCAUCACGACGUGAUCGUUUGAAGACACCCGAGCCACCUGUUAUCUCCAAAUCAAAACAGUUUGAAAAGACCAGUUUGUCCAGUCUGUUGGAAGCUUCAGUAUCUGCGAAAGAUACGAGUCAUCCAGUCUUAUAUCCAGGAUUCAAACCUGACAUUUUACGUCACUGUGAGAUGGCCCUAAGGGAAUUACCCGACGAGGAUCCACGUUUAAAAAUCAAAGGUCGUUUCUUCUUUGAUCCAUCUAAAAAUGAGCCACUUAAUGAAUCAGUUGAAUUAAAAUCAAAUUCUAUUUUAUUGCAAAAACCAUCAAUUAAACAAUUAUGGCAAGAAAGUAAAGAAACUCGUGUGGAAGAAAUAAAACCGGCUGUAGUUGGCCUUCCAAAGUACUGUCAAACAGACACAAAAGAACUUGAAGAAAAAUGCACACAAACAGAAAUAGAAACGGCUGAUUUUAGCGUACAAGUACAUCCUGGUGAAUUGCAACCACCACCGCGAGAAGAAAAAAGGCCAAUCAUGGAUCGUCUGGAUUGGAAUGUACGUGAGACAUAUGAUUACACUUCAAAGGCACGUGAAGUCAAUGAUCUGCGAUGGAGUCUAAGUAAUUCAUCACAGAAGAGAUCAUGGAAUACUCGAGGCGUAUCACCAUCAUCACAGGAUCAAGAUGAUCGCAUUAUGCUGAGUCCUGGACAUCUCUCCCACCAGGAUCAUGACUCAAGAGAAUAUCAUCAUCGAGUACCAUCGCCAUUGCGACGUGCUGACAAUUAUUCACUAACUCGUGGUCCGAAUCGUCGCAGUUUUUCACCACAUGAACGUCAUUUUUCUCCGGACUAUCGACAUGACAUUGAACGACAGGAUAAUUAUCAUGAAAGCAGAAGUGAACGUAGCCAUGAACCCAGUCCUAUUGUCAUUGAUGAUCAUGAUGAGAUUGAAAUUAUUGAGCAAGAAGCGUUUUCUUCCCAUGAUCCCAAUUGGCGCGGACGUAAUAGCAAAUCGUUCGGGCAGACAGCAACUCCUGUACAUAAAUCUCGUUCAGUGAGAGGGAAACACUCGAGUGGAAGAUCAUUUCGUGGACGAGGAAGUAGUAGCUAUCGUGGAAAAUAUUAAUUAAUUAGUUAAAUAAUAAUUAUUAUCAACUAUUAUAUUAUUUUCCGUUAAAUUUAUCCGGUCAUUUAUGUCAAACGAUAACGUAUCAGUUGUUUGUCAAUUAUUUGAACAACUAGUGUUUGUUACAGAGCAAAGAAAAAAAAAAAGUAAUUAUUAUUCACGCACUGUAACGUAAUCUUUUAUUAUAUUUUUAAUUAUUCGCUAAGAAGAAGGCAACCAAACUUGAUAAUCCAAGUUGAUAUUAAGAUUUAAUAAUUGAUUUAUUGUACUAAUUGAUUUAUAAUUUGAUCAGACAGAAACACUCUUAUCAUAUUAAUAAAUAUAUACUAUAUAAAUAUACAUUGAAAUAUAAUAACCAAAGGUGGAUUUAUCUUUUAUUGUAGAAAAAAAAAUACAAAUUAACAUAUAUAACUAUUAUAGUAUAUAUGUAUAUAUUAUGACAAAAAAGAGUAUAUUGUUCAGGAAUUUGAUAUAUAAUUUCAGCUAUGUAUAUUUAUUGCUGACAAAAAAUAUAUAGUAGAAUAAUGUUUUAAUUUUAAUGUCAACAGUCAACUGCUAAAGACACUGACGUUUAUAUUUACGUCACGUGAAUUUUGCUAAAAAAGCUGACGUAUGUUGGAAAAUAAGAUGUUACGAUUUGACGCAUUCCAUCCUAUCGGCUAUUGCGUUUUACUUUUUUUUCUAUACUGGAGACGCAGAAGUUUAUUUUUACGAUUUAUUUUUUUUAGUUAAUAAUUUUUCUUAUAAUUACAGAUUAAUAAAUUUUUUUUUUUUUUUUUUUUAUAUAUAUGUGUAAACAAUAUAAAAUUUAAAAAGUCAACUAAAUAAUUGAGAGCCAAUUAAGUAUGUAUUUAUGUAAAUGUACAAUGCUUAAUUAUUUAAAUAAUAGUUUUUUUUUCCAUCCCAGCCAUUAAUUUUCCCUUAAACAUU